CUGGGUAAGCGCAUGCGCGGCUGGUGCCCGGCUCUCACCUGAGCGAGCGAGCUCGCGGCGGAGUGCGGUUGAGGAGGCGCUCGGACCGCGGCCGCUGUAGCUCAGUCGCGCCGAGCACAGCAACAGCAGCCGAGCGGCCAGCGGCCAGCGGCGGAACAUCAAUCCGGCCAAGAUGAUGAGGUUUCUGCGGAGGACGUUCGGACGUCGCUCGGUUCGCCGCUACAUGGAGGAGCGGGACGGCGGCGGCGGCAGAGGAGGCGGGACCAGCAGUGGCCGGGACUCCGCCGCUACCGCGGUCGCUGGGAUCCAUGCUGCCACACCUGCGCCUACUGGGACCAUGGUCCACAUUCCCGCAGCAGGCGGAAACAAGUCCAUCCUGGCAUGCAGAGUGCAGCUUCUGGACGGGACGGAGAUCAGCGUGGAGCUGCCGAAAAAUGCAAAAGGUCAAGAUCUCUUCGACCAGAUUGUUUACCAUUUGGAUCUUGUGGAGAUAGAAUACUUCAGCCUGCAGUUCAUGGAUGCGUUACAAGUUUUACACUGGUUAGACCACACAAAACUCAUCAAGAAACAAAUAAAAAUUGGACCUCCUUACUGCUUAUACUUCAGAAUAAAAUUUUACUCCUCUGAACCAAACAACCUUCGUGAAGAGUUUACAAGAUAUCUCUUUGUGCUACAACUUAGACAAGAUAUUCUCUCUGGCAAAUUGAAAUGCCCUUAUGAAAUCGGACUAGAACUAGCUGCUUAUUGCCUUCAAGCGGAGCUUGGGGACUGUGAACCUAUUGAACAUUCUUCGGAACUGGUGUCAGAAUUCCGGUUUAAUCCAAAUCAGACAGAAGAUAUGGAAAUAGAUAUUUAUACUCAGUGGAAGGAUUGCAGGGGGAAAAGCCCAGCACAGGCAGAAUUAUGUUAUCUGAACAAAGCCAAAUGGCUAGAAAUGUAUGGAGUUAACAUGCACAUAGUCAAGGGAAGAGAUGGCUAUGAAUAUUCUCUUGGAUUGACACCAACCGGCAUAUUGGUUUUUGAAGGAUCCAACAAAAUAGGCCUGUUUUUUUGGCCUAAAAUUACUCAGUUGGAUUUCAGAAAGAACAAACUAACUCUUGUUGUGAUAGAAGAUGAUGAGCAGGGUCGAGAACAGGAGCAUACGUUUGUUUUCCGGUUAGAUCAUUCCAAAGCAUGUAAACAUUUAUGGAGGUGUGCUGUGGAGAAUCAUGCCUUUUUCCGACUACGAGCGCCAACCCAAAAUAAAGAGGAACGAUCAGACUUACUGCGUUUGGGGUCUCGCUUUCGAUUCAGUGGUCGGACUGAAUACGAAGCAACGCAUAAAAGUAGGCUCCGGCGGACGAGUACAUUUGAAAGGCGGCCAAGCAAACGAUAUCCCUCAAGAAGGCACUCCACAAUUAAAGGUUCAAUUCCAGCAAAAUAUGGACACACCAGUGCACAGAGCAAUGCAGGAAUUUGUGGAUAUCAGGCUCCAUAUAUGUGCAAUAUUCCCCCUGUCCAGCAUCACUGGCAUUCCAGUAAUGUAAGCUAUCCUUUGGUAUCGCCACUAUUAAACAGCCGUGAUUUACAACAAUUCAGUUUAGAAGAGAAUGGGGGAACACCAUUUACUGGGACAACUACUGGAAGGCAACACCUACAAAAUUGUGGUCUGAUUACUUUGGAGUUGGAAGACACAGAUGCUUACUCUGGAAUGCCAAGUCCAACCAAGUUGAACUCGACUGUUCUUCCACACUAUGAUGAGGUGUGUUUUAAACAGUUGGAAGUUGAAUCCAGCAAAGUGGUUGGGCAGUGGCCCUCAUUGCAUAUCAACAUAAAUAACAAGGUUGAGGAAAAGAAGCUGUUAGAAAAGAGCCUGCAUUCUCCUGCAUCACCCUCUGCUCAUCCUGAUCAGAUGAAGAGCAACAUCAUUAAAGCUCAGAUGGAUGCUGCCUUGAAGUUUAAGAAAGAGGAGCCAAUACUGAGCAGCCAGAGUAAACCCUCCAGCACACCUGUAGCAAGGUCCCUGGAUCCAUCACAAGAUGGCUCACAAACAACUGGUGUUCAGGACAAGCCACGGCCAAAAAGUUCUCGUAUCAGGAAACUUACAAGACAAUACAGCUUUAAUCAUAGUGAUGAAGAUGACCUGCCUCCUGCCUUAGCUGCAGCCACACGAAGCAGUCCUCCCCCUGUCAAUAAACUAUCCACUGCUGAUGUUCGACAGUUGCAGUACCCCACCUGCAUCAGGAAGAAUUCAGAAGAAGACCAAACCGAUUUGGCCAGUCCAGGGGAUCUACUUAUGGACUUCACUGAAGCUACCCCUCUGAUAAAGACUGUACCAGCCCAUCCUUUUUCACCUGUACUGCAAUUUCCAGUUGAAUUAACAGACAACAUAUUGCAGUGUUACGACUUUCCACCAUCACCUGGAACAUCCUCAUCUACAGCUCCUUUGCAUGUAGUCAGAGCUCCAAAUGACCCAUCAAAAUCUUCAUCAGUGACAUUUAUACAUGCAACUAGGCCUUUGACUAAUCCAGGAAAAUCAUCGGCAACAACUUUGCAUGGCAUCAGGCAUCUGACUGAUCCAGGAAAAUCUUCAUCAGUACUGCCUUUGCAUGUCACAAGGCCCCUGACUGAACCAGGUGUAUCAUCAUCAGUAACACCUUUGCAUGCCACCAGAUAUCCAAGUGAUCCUGGAAAAUCAUCCGCAACACCUUUGCAUGCAGUAAGACAUAUGACUGAUCCAGGAGUUUCUACAUCAGUAAUGCCUUUGCAUGCAAUUAGGUAUCUAAGUGAUCCACUCCCACCAGUUCAACAUUCCACAUCUUCAACAGACAGUGCCGAUAAUUUGAGACGUGAGCUGGAUCGAGAGAAGAUAAUGAAACGUCUUUUAAUGACAGAACUCUGAAAACGCAGUUUGGAUCAAGUGGCAGAAAUGGACCAGGGCCUCCGUGUGCCUUUUGUCAGCAUUCCUUUUGAAUGUCAGACAAAGCAGCUUUGAUGUGUGUAGUUUGUUACACUUUCUUCAUUGUGAUUCAUAAAAUACAUCUGGUUUUUUAUCACACUGAACUCGAUGUUUACAUUACUUUCCUGGUAUAAUCAGGAAGGGCUUGCUUUACAAGGGUCAGCAUAAGCUUAAUCCCUGAUACUGCCUCUGUAACCAGUGUCGCCAAUGCAACAGUGUGCAAUUUUGUUUUGUUGACAAGGCCAUUCACAACAAAUAUUACUUCAGAUGUAAGGAAACAAAGUCUCUAUAUUUGCACUACAUUUUGAAGAAUAUUUUCAUAGGAAUGUGGAAAACAGUAACUUUGUAUACCUGGAGCUAUUUCUGAGCCACUACAUUUUGACAAUUAGUUUUACGUGAAAGGUGAGAGUUAAGUUAAAGUUUAGUAUUAUGGGGGAAAAAACACACUUGAACAUAAAUUGUAUAUUCUAAAGCCAAAUUAAAUGUCUAGAUACUAGGAUUGAGAUUUUUUAAAUAUGCAAAUUUGUAUUUAGCAUAUUAACGUGUUCCCGUAAUGUAGCAAUCUAGAUAAAUUUAACAUCAAGCCACAGGCCUUGGACUAAUAUUUGUGCUUAACAUACAAAUCAUAGAAUGUUAAUAGCACACAAAAAAAAUUUGAAACCAAGGGGAAAAAAUCCCUUUAUAAAAAGGUCCUGUAUUCUCCAAAAGAAAAGUUGACAAAAGGCCCUGUAUUCAAUUUAAACUUAUUUUCAAAUACUUAUCCAGUAAAUCUAGGCAGUUUUGCAGCAAGAUGGAUUUUUGAACAGUUCAGGUACAUUAAUGUUGUGGUUUAAAUGAUAUUUUUGAAAAUCAAAUUGAAGGAUUUAUCAAAUUAGUUGUUUUUCUAUAGUUUCUGAACAAGCGCUUAAGGAAAUCACUACUAUCAUUGGGCUAUCAUACACUUUAUUGAUACUAAUGCAGAAUUGUUUAGUGUUACAGUAAGGCUCAUAAAACUGCCUCAAAUUUCCAAUGUUGUUUUCUAAAAGUUUACCUGGUCUAGUUUGCCGAGAUAUUCUUCGGACAGGGUGUGUGAAUGGGUGUUGAAGUCUUCCUUUUGGUCUGCAAAACUUUGGUAGAAACCUCAAACCAUAGGUGCCUAACAAAUAUUUUGCAGAUAAUUGGGAGAACCUCUAGAGCAGAGAUGCUCAGAUUGUGACUCAUGAGCUGCUUUUGGCUCGUUAUUGCUUGUUGUUCUAGUAUAGAAAUCUGUCCGUUUUAUUGGAAUAUGAAAUGUUAUUGUACUAGAGAAUAGUAAUGAUACCACAUUUCCCAUUAUACACUGCUAAUACAAAGACAUCAGUUAAAACCAAAUCUUUGAAGAAUCAUUUGCAUUCUCCUUGUGGACUGCUGUAUGUUUUUAUAUUUGGUGGAUUGGUGCACAGGGUAUAUAGUAGUUGAUGGUGAUAGUGAAUGUAGCUUCAGAAUCACAACUAUGAUUGCCAUUGCUCCAGAAGAUAUUUACUGUGCUGAUGUUUUAGGAUUAUUUGGUUUCCAUUAGAAUAUUCCCCUUUCUCAAAUAUAAGGGGAAAUAUUCCAGUACUGUGACAUCCACUAUGAGAACAGUAGACUUGUUAAAUAGCUCAUUAAUCAUUUUCCAGAAAGAUACUGGCUAUGUUUUCUGAUAUGUUUGCAGAUGCCAGUUAGUACCAACAGAAGGCAAACAAAAUAUUGUGCUUUUAAAUACUUUAUUGUAAAUAAUACACUUUGAGAAAAGAUUUGCUGUGAUGAUUGUUAAAGUGUUUUAAGAUGAAAUUGGUAUAUUUAAUAAUCUAAAAUACAAAUUAUUCUGGCAAUAGAAUCAGAAAUUUUGGAGGUUAUCGGUGCUUAAUAGAAAUACUUGCGAAGUGUAGAAUAUCACAAAAUGAAAUAAUUUAAAAGAUAAAUGACAAAAUCUAUAUUUAAUUCAUCAUUUUGGUAUUUAAUUUUCUUCGAGAUGGUUAUCUAUUUUAAUUCAUUUAACAAAUUUGAAAGUAUUCACUUAUAUUGCUAUACCAUGUAAACAAAUGUGUUGAAAUGGUAAGCAUUAACUCAAGUAUUUUAAAUACAAAUAUAACUCAACAGGUCCAUAGAUUUUAGACAUAUUUCAGCUAGAUUUAGAUUCAGGUUGUGUAGGAAGGAACUGCAGAUGCUGGUUUAAACCGAAGGUAGACACAAAAUGCUGGAGUAACUCGGCGGGACAGGCAGCAUCUCUGGAGGGAAGGAAUGGGUGACGUUUCAGGUCAUCACCCUUCUUCAGACUGAAGUUAUUGAUACAAGUUAUUGGACAAAAUCAAACUAACAACAUUGGGUAUUUUGUGUUUUCAAAUGCACAAUGUCAGUGCAGAAUAUUUACUUUUACAAUUGGUAACCUUCCAAUUAUGUUAUUGUCGUCAAAUAGAAAGGUACUACACAAAGUUAUAAAGGGAUAUGACAAUGAAAAUAUCUACAAUGCCAAAAUUCAGACCUUAAAACAGAACAUGCAAGGACGUCAAUUAACAUUAAAAGGCGACAGUAUUGGAUGAUCAAUCUUUGUUGAGAUUUUCCUUCGAUGUGCAUGGUAUAAUUACAUUUCCCCAAAUAGCCAUCAUAUUUUGUUAACCCUCUUUAUUUCAUGUCUAUCAAGUCUGAAGUUGAUAUAUUUUCUGGUUUGUCCAUAAUCUCUGUAAUAAUUUUCCCUGUAAAAAGUCUCUUGUUUUCUGUUUUAAAUGCUUUUAAUUUAAUCUCAAACCCAUUUCCCAUAUUUAUAAAAAUGAGAUAUUUCCGCUUCUCCACUACUUGUCACAUUCUUUCAUAAUUUUUCAUAAUUUUAAAACGCUUCUGUAUAUCAACUAAUCUGCAAUUUUAUAACUCAAUUUUAUCAAUAUUUCUUCUUUUUGGGAUUUUCUUUCCUUCUAGGCAGCAUUCUGAUGUUCAUGGUGUAUCUCAAUGUCCAUCUUUCAUGAGGCACCUUCAAAAUCUUAUGCAGAUUUCCACCUUAACUUUAUAUUCUGAUGUUAAUGAGUCUGAACUUUCUGAUGCUAGAUCCCACCUAAAUUAUUAAUACUUCUGUAUAUGAUUAUGAUUGAUCUAUUCUUCAUAUCCAGAACUUUAUGUGUACCUCACUGGCAUAGUGAAAGGAAAGGUGAUCAUGAAAUUGUUAAAAAAAUAACCCUUUCUAAUGGUCAAGAUUUACUUGUGCGAACUAGCAGGGAUAUUAAUCUGUAACACAAAUAUAAUGUAAUUGCUUUCACGUGUCUUUAAUGGGGAGCUGCUGCAGUAAUUUGCUGCAUAUCCUAGACUCAACACAAGAUUGACCACAAAACCACUACAUUUCUGCAGCUGUUUGCAUUAUAUUUGGCCACUGAACUAUUGGGAAAACUUUUUUGAAUUCUGUGCAAUAAAAAACUAUGCAUUGAAAUGAAAUUUCAUUUUAUAUAUUUCAUCAUUUAUGGAAGAAGCAAGCUUUCUUUUAUAGAAGAAAGAAGCAGGUGGCCCACAAACAUACUUCACUAAGAGGUGAAGGGUCUUUGACCUUAAAUGUUAAUUCUGUUUCUCUUUUCAUAGAAGCCAUCUGACCUGCUGAAUAAACAUAAUCUGGUUUUAUUUCUGAUAUUAGAAACAGCAGUUUUUCAAUUCUCAUUUAUUAAUACAUGUUUGUGCUAUUUAAUCACCGUAAUUAGUAAUCAUUAGGCAAGCAUUUCCUUCAUCCUCGUUAAUGCAUUCUCAUGUAAGUUUGGGAAAGAUUUUGUUUAAAGAGUCUGAAGAAGGGUCUCGACCCGAAACGUCGCCUACUCCUUUUCUCCAUAGAUGCUGCCUCACCCGCUGAGUUUCUCCAGCAUUUUUAGUCUACUUUUGUUUAAAAUAACGAUUAUUAAUAUCCAUCCCAAAUCCACUCAACUUUUUAAUAACAACCUCAAGUUAUCUUUCAAAUGCAGGGAUAUAUUUAUUUAAUUAGCAGAAGCAUUUUUGUUGCUUCUGAAAUUAAUUAAAUAUUGUGCUGGUUUCCUUGAGGGAAUAGAGAGUUGAAUAAGAUGAUCAAUUUCAAUCAGAAAUUCCGCUUACAAUAUUCAUUAUAUUUGGCAAAUUAUGCAUGAGGAAAAGUCCAUUUGUGAUGCAACUUUGUAAUGCAUCCUAAAAUUUGUGAUUCUUGAAAAUUCAUGCCUCAGCGCCCAGCUUUGCGUUUGUGGAGCAGUCUUGUCAAGGAAUAGGUUUACCCUCUCCAGAUUUUACCCAAUUGGUCUAUUAAUUCAUCAAAAUUCACAAAAUAAUCUAGUUUGGUUCCUCUGCAGAAUUGGCAUCUUUCAUCAGAGGUUAGUUCAGGAAAAUGUAAAUAAUCUCGUGACAUUAUUAAAAAAUAAUCAGAAUAGUCCUGGAGCCCAUGGCAACAUUUUGUUCUACCACAGCCACAAAAUACCAAUGUUAUUGGUUAUACACUGUUAAUGAGAUUGAGCUUGGUGCAAAUUUGUUAUUGCGUUUGCUUCUAUCUCAAAACUUAUUCAUUCAAUAUAAAAUACUUUGGAAUAUUUGAGGACAUGAUAAAACACGAAGUAAUUCUUUGUGCCAUUUCUUGAUUGCUUUAUUUUUAUUGUAAAUAUAUUAGUGCAAAGAUUUGUUUUGCGAAGAACAUUUACCUUCUGAAGUUUAUCAUCAAUCUACAUUUUUGGAGAUAUCCGAUACACCACGUUUACGUUUUGUUGCUACACAGUCACAGCAUGAGCCGAUUACUAUAAAUCUGUGUUCUUAUUGAAUGGGGGUAAACAAACAGAGCAAGGAUCUGGCAGAAAACUGUCAAUGUUUAUACUCAGAUAAAUCAUUGGUGACAUGAUUUAUUUUUGAAUCAGCCGUUCAGUUGACUUCUCGGUAGUGAGUAACACCCUGAUAGGCAUUUAGAAACAUAAUUUAGGUUGAAGCACUGUUUAUUCUUUAACUAUAACAUAAUUUCUCAAAUAACAAAUAUUAACAAAAAUAAGGAUACACUCUUGUUAAUGUGGAAUGUAAUUAGUUGGCCUGAACGUUAAGAACCAAUGUAGUACUAUAACAUUAUAAUUCUAUGGUACUUCAUAAGUGUUUUGUAAUAAUAGACCACUUCAGAUCAGUAUCAGUUAGACUGCUAUCAUUGUCAGCCACGCAAAGUAAAACUCUGCAAGCGGCAAAAAAAAAACUUCAAUUUAGCAAAGUGCCAAAAAAAUAAUUAGAUCUUUGCAGUCACAAAGUUAGUAAAAUUAUUUAAAUAUCUCUCAGGCAGAUCAGUUAAGGUGCCAAAAUGAUAUGUGAUUUGAAAACAAUAUCAAAUGGUGACUCUGGCGUUUUCUCAUAUUGUAUUGAUGUAAAAUCCGAAGCUAAAAGUGGUUACAGGAAGGAUUGGUGUGUUGAGUACUGAUUUUGUUUUUUGCUGUGAUAAAUGUUUUUAUUGCAAACGAUAGAUGUUUUCUUUGAACCUGCGAAAGAGCCAAAACAUUAUAAAAUAUGGUUAGAUCUGAAUGAUUCAGGAAAUUUGUAAAAUAGUGUUGAUAUUUUUGAGAUUGUUGCCUUUACUUUCAAGUAACUUUUUUUACUUGUUUUUGAAUUAACACAAUAAAAUAUCAAUGAUUUUGUUAAGUGGAAUGUUUACAGUGAAAACAGGCCUUAAUAUUUGUUAAUUUUAAGUAAUGACAUUUAAUAAAUCUAGCAAUUUUAGAGCUACUGUAAAAUACCAUGUAUUUCAACACCCUUGGGUAUUAAUUAAAUUAGAAUUUUCGCAUGUGUUAUCUUGGUAUUUCUUGUGGAGAAUUUUAAUGGAACGUGUCAAUAAUCAGUAAUGAAACAGGAUAAAUGCUCAGAAUUUAUUAUUUUACUAAUGAGGCAUGCAGGAACCUGGUUUCACUGAUACUGGGAGCUCUCCACUGCAGAAUCCAAGCAGUCAUUAUUUUGUGUACAACCCUUCACAGUAAAGUCAGCAGGCUUUUUGACCAUGGAUAGCACAACUCAUAAACUUCAGGCUCUUCUAAUCUGAUAUGUACAUAAGAAUGUACAUAUCAUAUAUGAAUAUGUCACAUAUAAGAAUAUGUCUCUUCCUCCAUAAAGGGUGAUCCUCUAUUUGACUGGAGAGCAUAUAGUACAACCUGCCCUUGCGCAGUCCAUUGCCAUUUUCUUUCUCCUUCCCAAAUCCUUUUCUCGGUAACUUGAAGUCAAUGGUAAUUAAUCAUGGUCAGCAGAGGUUGGUAAUAUGUGCACAGAACCAUCUGAACUGGCGUCUAAUUUUAUGUAACACAUUUACCCAUUCAGCCAUAGACAGAGGCCGCAAGAUUGCAUUUAACUGAAACUUUUUAAUGAGUAGCCCACAAAUUGGUGGAGGUAAAGUUCAAUGUCAUUUAUAUUUGGUAUUUACCUUAAAUCACUGUUAAAUACAGUCAGAACAUAAGGUUUUGUACUUAGUUUCUUAAUGUGCACCAUGUUAUGUACUGUUAUUUCCACUGUAGUAAAGUUUCACAGUAAAUCAAUGGGUCAUUUGUUAUUAAAAUGUUAAGGAAGGAAGGAUGCUCAACUCCUCAAAAGUAGAAUAUUUCUACAGGGAAAUAAUAUUUAAGUUGAGCUUCCUUAAAGACAUUCUAACAUAUGUAAGCUUUAGAAUUGUUUUUUCUUUUAAAUUGAUAUAAUUUUAUUUAUUGUUUUCAUUGGAAACCAAUUAUCGAGGGAUGAUACUUGAAUAAUUUUUGACAGAAAUUGUAAAAUAUGAAUAUUGAAUUGUACAUCACGACGGUUGUACCCGAUUGAUGAAUUUUUGGUGGGUUGCAUUUUCAGAAUGAUGUUUGAAAAGAGUAAUUUAUAUCUGUGUGGUACCAUUAUGAAACUUCUCUUUAUUAAAUCAGGAAGCCUGUAAUUUCUCUCCAUGUGAUAUUGGUCUUGUGCUGCUUUUAUGACUAGUUAUUUAGCACUUAAUGGUUAUGUCGACGACUAUUGUGCAUUUCCUGCAUCAAAUAUUGUACCAACCCUACAAAUGAGCAUUGUGGUACACUGCUGCUAAUAGCAUUUAUUUAUGUGUGCUGAUCAAUGCUGAUUAUGCACAACCGUGUACCAAUAAAAUGUUCUGAAAUCUGAA